ACUUCUAAAACAUUCUUGAACAUUGUAUUAGUAAUUUAGUAUCAGACCCUUAACUUCAAUUCAAAGUUCUUAGCCUUAAAUUCAAAUUUUAUCUAAUAUAUUUCUUAGUCUUAUAAUAAGAAUUAUAUCAUAAUUAAUGUUUUAAAUAAUCAGCAACUUGCAAACUGCGUACGUACUGUAUGCCUCAUCGUCAUCAUCAUCGUCACAUAUAUAAAGAGCUUAUGAAGACCACCAUCCUUUCAUUUCACUUUAACCUGGAAAACUCUAGAGAGAGAAAUAGAGAGGGAGAGAAUUGUUUUAUGGCAGUUGCUGCUACCAUGAGUAGUAGCCAAGAAGAUCAUGAACACGACAAUAAUAAUAAGGAUCUUCACGAACACGACACAGUGAUGCCUGGUUUUCGAUUCCAUCCAACGGAGGAAGAGCUUGUGGAGUUUUACCUUCGCCGUAAGGUUGAGGGCAAACGUUUCAAUCUCGAGCUCAUCACUUUCCUCGAUCUCUAUCGAUAUGACCCUUGGGAACUUCCUGCGUUGGCGGCUAUUGGGGAGAAGGAAUGGUAUUUUUAUGUGCCGAGGGAUAGGAAGUAUAGAAACGGGGAUAGGCCGAAUCGAGUGACUACAUCUGGGUAUUGGAAGGCGACCGGAGCUGAUAGAAUGAUCAAGAGCGAGACUUUUAGGCCAAUUGGAUUGAAGAAAACCCUAGUUUUCUAUACCGGAAAAGCUCCUAAAGGGAUACGAACAAGUUGGAUCAUGAACGAAUAUCGGUUACCUCACCAUGAGACUGAAAGGUUGCAAAAGGCGGAAAUCUCACUGUGUCGUGUGUAUAAAAGAGCCGGAGUCGAAGACCAUCCUCCUCUUCCACGCUCGAUCCCAACUAGGGCAUCAUCAUCAUCAUCAAGAAAUACAAAUAUGGAGAAGAAACCAAUUAUACAACCGGUCAAUCUAGCCUCCUCCCAACUAUCUACACUAUCAAGACCUAGUUAUCACGAUUUCGGACGAUCUUCGUCCGAGAAGGUAAUAGGUCAUGAAAUUAGCAACGAAAACGAUCCCACCCCUUUCGUUCUUAACAACAACACUUCUUACGUCGAAAUCGUUCCAACACUGCCACAACCCAUAGAACUAGCUGCCUCAUUUGAAAUCGAUCUAGUUCAUCAAUUAAGAAACCCACCAUGCCCUACUAUGAUCCAAGCUUCAACCAACAACAACAAUAUCUUCACAAAUCCUAACAAUAACUACCAAACUAAUAAUUCAGUUGAUGAACUUCAUAGACUAGUCAGCAAUCAACAAGCUUCAAUGAACCAGAUCCAACUUCAAUAUAAUCAAAACCAUUUCUCCUCUUUGCAACCACAGUCAUUGGCUGAUCAAAAUAUGCUGCCGUCAAAUUCUCUACUUGAUACAUUCCCCGAGAGGCAAGUGUGGGAGUGGAAUUCAGUCGCCGGAGAUCGAACCAAAGGCUAUGACGCGAACCUUUUCAAGUAAAAGAAGAGUUAUUUUAUUUUAACAUUUACACUGAACUAUUUGGAGGUGGUUUUAUCUAGUGCUAUAAUUUGGUGUACUUUAUAUAUCUAAUACCCUAAUAAGCUGCAGAGAUCAAAUAUGAAUUAGGGUUUAGCUAGGGUUGUUGAAUUAGGGUUGGCUUCAAUACCUAUGUUAAGAAACUAAACUAGAGGACUUUGAAGAUAGGUUACUUAAAGAUGGUACUAGUGGUUAAUUAAUUAAUGCUUUUUAUAUUUUUGAAUAACACCACCACUUUUUAUUCUA